CUGAAUGAUCUUAUGAGAAGUUUUGGAGAUUUAUAACUCAAGAGAGGCACAUUGAUUUCUGCCUUGUCGAUCGACACAGCUCUAGGCCAUCUUCCUCUGCAGAGUGGAGUCAAGAGGCGAAAAGUGAUUGACAAGGAAGAACAGGAUCCAUCUCCAAAAUGUGGCGGUCUGUAGCGGCUCUGUGUCUUCUGGUGGCCCUUACCAGCGCCCGGAAUGUCCCUUCCUUCCCUCCUCUCUCCCACGACAUGGUGAACUACAUCAACAAGCUCAACACCACUUGGCAGGCUGGACACAAUUUUCACAAUGUUGACAUGAGUUAUGUGAAAAGGUUGUGCGGCACAUAUUUGCACGGCCCCAAGUUGCCCGAAAGGUAUGAGUUUGCAGGUGAGAUGGAACUGCCAGACAGCUUUGACUCACGGAAGCAAUGGCCAAGUUGUCCAACCAUCAACGAGAUCCGAGACCAGGGUUCUUGUGGCUCUUGCUGGGCAUUCGGUGCAGUGGAAGCCAUUUCUGACCGAGUUUGUGUCCAUACCAAUGGCAAGGUGAAUGUGGAGAUCUCUGCAGAAGACCUUCUCUCUUGCUGCGGCUUUGAAUGCGGAAUGGGAUGCAACGGAGGCUAUCCAUCUGGAGCAUGGAAAUACUGGACUGAGAGGGGCUUGGUGUCUGGUGGGCUUUAUGAUUCUCAUGUGGGCUGCCGCCCAUACUCCAUCCCGCCUUGCGAGCACCACACCAACGGCACUCGGCCCCCCUGCAGCGGCGAAGGCGGAGAGACCCCCGAAUGUGUCAAGCAGUGUGAAGAUGGCUACACACCUGGAUACAAGCAGGACAAGCACUAUGGAGUUACUUCAUAUGGCGUCCCUCGCAGUGAGAAGGAAAUAAUGGCUGAGAUCUACAAGAAUGGGCCAGUGGAAGGAGCCUUCGUUGUGUACUCUGACUUCCUCUUGUACAAAUCAGGUGUCUAUCAACAUGUUUCUGGAGAGGAAGUUGGUGGCCACGCCAUCCGUAUCCUGGGCUGGGGCGUCGACAAUGGCACCCCUUACUGGUUGGUGGCCAAUUCCUGGAACACAGACUGGGGUGAAAAUGGUUUCUUCAGGAUCCUCCGUGGAAAAGACCACUGCGGAAUUGAAUCUGAGAUUGUCGCUGGGAUCCCCAAGACGAGCGAAUACUGGAAGAUGCUGUGAAGACGUUGCCCUUCUGAAUCCAGUUGAUUGUUCAGCAAAUAAUCAAGUUGAUUUUAUCCUGUGGAAAUGGAAGUGGUGGUGACAAAACCGCCACACUUCUCAGACAUUUUAGAUUUCAGAUUGUGUUUUUUUAAUAAAGCCUUUUAAAAUGUUUUAAAAACCA